CCAAACUUGAAUUUCGCGCUCUUUUCAUGCUCCUCCUUCGAGUAUUGUCUUGUUCUGAUGGUCGAGUAUAAAAAAGCGAUUCACACCAAGUCUCGUUACUCAUUUGUUUAUUGGCACUCAAAACUAUUGUAUUUUCAAGUCGAAAACAAAAUAAUUUGAAAUGGCUCGUACAAAACAAACAGCCCGUAAGUCAACUGGUGGUAAAGCACCACGAAAACAAUUGGCAACCAAAGCUGCUCGUAAAUCGGCUCCAGCUACCGGAGGUGUGAAAAAACCCCAUCGUUAUCGCCCAGGUACUGUUGCUCUUCGAGAAAUUCGUCGAUACCAAAAAUCGACCGAAUUGCUCAUCCGUAAAUUGCCAUUCCAACGAUUAGUCCGUGAAAUUGCUCAAGAUUUCAAGACUGAUCUUCGAUUCCAAUCAUCGGCUGUAAUGGCAUUGCAAGAAGCUUCUGAAGCCUAUCUCGUUGGUUUGUUUGAAGAUACUAACUUGUGUGCUAUCCAUGCAAAACGUGUUACCAUUAUGCCGAAAGAUAUCCAAUUGGCUCGCCGAAUUCGUGGAGAACGUGCUUAAAUUCUUCAAUUUUCAUUCUAAUCUAAUCCAUCAUUCAUAUACAAACGGUCCUUUUUAGGACCAUAUUUUGAUCCAAUUGAGAUUCGAGCAUUUUUUAAUCUUUGUUAUUUAUCAUUUUGUCAUUUGAAUAAAAUCAUUUAAAAAAAAAUUCCGAUUUCUCAAGUUUAUU